CGUCGUCAUGGAGACGGUUUGUUGUUUAUAACCCGCGAGGAGCCUGAACACACCUGAACACAAAGAGCACGAGGAGCUGAAGCUACUGCAGGUGAUGGCGAGGCGUGAUGAUGUCAUCGAUUUCUCUGCGCUGGAGAGAGAGCUUCAGCGGGCGAUCGAGUCUGAGCAGAGAUACGAGAGAGAGAAUGAGGCCAAACUGAGAGCGGUCGGCCAGAGAGUCACCUACAGCCAGUUCAGGGACCUGGUCCUGUCGUCUCACCUGAAGCCUCUGGAGAGGAAGGACAAAGACGGAGCUCCACGGAGACAACCCUGGAACCCCGUCGCCCCGAGCAACCAGUGAUGGCUGGUCGCCCCCAGCAACCAGGAGCAGUUUGAGCUGAUGAGAACCUCGUAUGGUGGAACUGUUGUUGUUUUUGAUCUGGAGAUACGAGGUUUUAACGGAUCACACAUAUUGAUCACUUUAAAUAAAAUAAAUAUGAAACGUUGAAAUAAGAAAAAGAAAUAAAAGUUUGAUAUUUUA